AUAGAGUCAACGGAGGAAGCGCCGACCAAGCCUACGACGAGCCCUACGACUACGAUGACGAAACGCUCAGACACAACGACUUCUCAAAACACCACUACCUCUGAGUCGGUGACAGCAAAAACCAGAACAAAGUCCGAGCCGAGCACUACGGCCACGAUGACGGAAAGGUCAGACGCAACGACAUCGCAAGCAACCCCAACCUCCAAGUCAGUGGAAUCAUCAACUACGGACGCGACGACCAAGGCAACGACUAGCUCUAGGACCACGGUGUCAGACACAACAAAAUCGCAAGAAACCACCCCCUCCGCAUGCUCAUCUUCUCCGAUGGAAUAUGAAUUCGGCGGGUCGUUCUACAAUUUCAGCACUUGCAAGAUCGAUCAAGCUUCUGCGGUUUUAGCUUGUUCCCAAUACGGAUCCCAUCUGGUCUUCAUCGAGUCGCAGGAGGAAGAGGACUUCAUCGCGCGGAGUCUUCAGCACAGAUGGGACUACUGGAUCGGGCUGACCGGCUCGAGUCUUAGUGAGGCAAAGUGGCUAGAUGGAUCGAAUCUUACGUAUAGCAAUUUUGAAAGUGAAUCGUUCAAUGAUAAUGGAAACUGUUUUCGAAUUAUGGUUUGGUAUCAAAAUGUGGCUGAUCGUUUGGAUCUUUGGCAGGAUAAGGAUUGCUCCAUACAAUUAAGAUUCAUAUGCGAGAAAGAAGUGGGGAUAUAAAAAUUGGAUUGGUUUCUUUCAAUUGUUCAUACCACCUGGUUGCACCACUGAUUGCAUCUGAACACCUAGAUGGAGGCAAGUGAA